AUGGCUCUGGUCCGCGCCGGCGACGCAGAAGGGCUGCGGGCCGCCCUCGCCGCCCUCGCCGCCGACGCCCGCGCCGACUUCCUCCGUGGUUCCCUGCCUCUACACGUGGCUGCGGAGAAUGGCCUGAGGGAGGUGGUGGAGACCCUGCUCAGCGGGGGCGCUGACCCCAACGCCAGGAAUGAAAUCGACAACACCGCCCUUCACUUCGCUGCCAGGAACGGACACCUUUCUGUCGUCCAAUUCCUGGCGGAGAAGGGCGGCGACCUCAACGCCAGAGACUGGCUUGAAUGGACCGCCCUUCACUUCGCUGCCAGGAACGGACACCUUUCUGUCGUCCAAUUCCUGGCGGAGAACGGCGGCGACCUCAACGCCAGAGACUGUAAUGAAUGGACCGCCCUUCACUUCGCUGCCAGGAACGGACACCUUUCUGUCGUCCAAUUCCUGGCGGAGAAGGGCGGCGACCUCAACGCCAGAGACCGUGAUGACGAGACCGCCCUUCACUUCGCUGCCAGGAACGGACACCUUUCUGUCGUCCAAUUCCUGGCGGAGAAGGGCGGCGACCUCAACGCCAGAAGCCGCUUGGGUCAACACCGAUGCAUUGGGCAGGUCGGAGUGGACAUUGGAGGACACUGGAAGCUCUCGCGGCGAGCGGGGCCGACGUGGACCCCGUCUGCAAUAAGGGCAACACGCCUCUCCACGACGCAGCUUCAAAUGGGAAGCUUCUGGCGGUGGGCGCCCUGAUUGGCCUCG